ACCAUCCACCUGUGGACCAAUUUCGCGUCGUCAGGCACGGGGAAUACAUAUCGGAUACAGCCACGGGAAAUCUUAAAUAGAGGUGGUUAGAUGGUCUGAAACCUUCACUCUGCAGAUAAAACAAGACUAUGUUAUGACCUGAAAUUGUGCUUACCGCGGCGGCGAGGGAGGCGGUUGCCAAUACAACAGCCAAACUUCACUGGGCAACCCGGACGAGAGAAAAUCGAUCUAACAGUAAAACGGCGAUGAUGGUCGGUUACCUUUAGGGGGCGCUGUGACCCUCCCUUCCCAAUGGGUCCUGAGAAAGACUGUGCACCGACAAACACGAUGAUCAGCACGCCUCCCCCCUCCCCACCUCUCCCUGGCUCCCCCAGGCUACGAGGGUGCCAUGUGCCCUGUCCUGCCGCCCCGCCCUGUUCCCCCUGCCCCUCUCCCCGUAUGUCACCCCGCAACAGCUCCUGCCCUGUGGGGGCCCCUCUGUACCCCCCUCGCUCCGGCCACCUGGGACUGCCGGACCCCCAGCGGAGACACAGCUGGGAUCCCGGGGCAGCGGUGCUGGGCUACCUGCAGUAUGAGGAUCUCAGUGUGAGUAUGGGGGAUCUGAACCCUGAGGAGUUAGAGAAGCUGGUGGGCGGAGCCCUGGGCAGGCUCAGAGGGCGGGACCCACGGCGCGCUCCAAUCACCAACUAUGCCCAGGAUUUUGGGUCCCUGCUGUCUCUCACAGAGGAGGAGGUGGCCCCUGACCCACCGCGCUUCUCACUGCUAGAGGAACAGUCCAGCCAAUUGCAGGGCUGCAGCGCCUCAGCUCCCUCUCUUUGCGACCCGUUGGCCGAGUCCCGAUCGCAGAGCUCCGCCACUUGCCCCUGGCCACGCCCCCAGCCUCGGACCUACUCCCACUACAACGAAACCUCUCUGUACUCUGUGGUUGGAGGCUCCACACAAAGUGUGGAUGCAGGCAGCGAGUUGGGCUCACUGGACUGGGGGACAGAGGAGAGAACAGAGGGACAGCAGGGCGGCAAGGAGGAGAGGGAGGAGAAGACGGGCAGCCCGCUCGGGCGCACGCUCAGCUUCCUGCGCAAGAUGGCCGGGACUCGCAAGAAUAAGGAGAAGGAGAGGAUGAAGGAGCGAGAGAAGGAGGCGAGAGAGAGGGAGGCGAGGUACAGCAACGGUCACCUGUUCACCUCCCUGACCGUUUCGGGAACGACGCUGUGUUCUGCCUGCAACAAGAGCAUAACUGCCAAGGAGGCCCUCAGCUGCCCCACCUGCAAUGUCACCAUCCACAACCGCUGCCGAGACACCCUGCCAAACUGUGCCAAAAUGAAGCAGAGGCAACAGAAGUUGGCUUUAGUGAGGAACAGCUCAGCACUACAGAACGUGGCCCUUCGGACAAAAAGCCCCAUGCUGAAGGAGAGGCCCAGCUCCGCCAUCUACCCCUCCGACCUGCGCCAGUCCCUGCUGGGCACCCGCCGUGGCCGGUCCGGCCUCUCCCUCUCCAAGAGCGUCUCCACCAAUAACAUCGCAGGGAACCUGAAUGAUGACUCUCCCCUGGGGCUGCGUAGGAUCCUGUCCCAGUCCACAGACUCUCUGAACUUCCGGAACCGAGCCAUGUCCAUGGAGUCUCUCAACGACGAAGGAGAGGUGUACUACGCCUCCAUGCUGGAGGAGCUGGAGCGGGAAGGGCGGGACUUUGAGGUGGACUCCUGGAGCACAGCGGUCGAUUCCUCCUACCUGCAGGCUCACCGUAAAGAUGUCAUCAAGAGGCAGGAUGUCAUCUAUGAGCUGAUCCAGACGGAGCUGCACCACGUGCGGACGCUGCGGAUCAUGGACGGGGUGUUCCGGCGGGGGAUGCUGGAGGAGGUGAUGCUGGAGCCGGGCGUGGCGCACGCCGUCUUCCCCUGCCUGGACCGGCUGCUCAGCCUGCACUCCCGCUUCCUGGCCCAGCUGCUGCUCCGGAGGAACCACAGCCUGGCGCCCGGCAGCACCAACAACUUCACCAUCGACCAGCUGGGAGACCUGCUGCAGGAGCAGUUCUCAGGGCAGAACGCAGACGAGAUGAGGAAGGCCUACGCCGAGUUCUGCAGUCGACACCUGAAGGCCGUCAAACUGUACAAGGAGCUGCUGGCCAGGGACAAGCGCUUCCAGUACUUCAUCCGGCGCGUAAGCCGGGGGCCCCUGCUCCGUCGCCAUGGCGUCCAGGAGUGCAUCUUAUUGGUCACUCAGCGCAUCACCAAAUACCCCGUCCUCAUCCAGCGCAUCCUGGACAACACCAAGGGCAAUGAGGAAGAGGCUUCCUCUCUGAGGCAGUCUCUGGUGCAGAUCCGGGAGCUGCUGAGCUCGGUGGACCAGCAGGUUCUGGAGCUGGAGCGGACCCAGCGCCUGCAGGAGAUCCGGGCCCGGCUGGACCCGCGGGCCGAGACAGAGGUGCGAGGAGGAGGAGUGUUCCGAGGAGGAGAGCUCCUGCGGCGCGGGCUCAUUCACGAGGGGACCCUGCUGUGGAAGACUGCUGGGUCCAGACUGAAAGAUGUGCAGGUGCUGCUGAUGACAGACAUCCUGGUGUUCAUGCAAGAAAAGGACCAGAAGUUCAUCUUCCCAUGCCUGGACAAGCCCGCUGUGCUCUCCCUGAAGAACCUGAUAGUGCGAGACAUAGCCAAUCAGGAGCGCGGCAUGUUCCUCAUCAGUGACUCCACCCCUCCGGAGAUGUACGAGAUCCACGCCGCCUCCAAAGACGACAGGAACACCUGGAUGAGACUCAUUCAGCAAACCGUCAGCUGCUGCCCCUCCCGAGAGGACUUCCCCCUGAUCGAGACCGAGGACAAGGCCCUACUGCGCCGGCUCAGAGCCGAUAUCCAGCAGAAGGACCGCGAGGUUCUGGAGCUCCUGCAGGAGAGGGUCACCCUCUUCUCGGAUCUGGCCGAGGUCACGUCGGGCCAGGAGGUCGCCCUGCCCCACAAUCCCCGAAACCUCUUCCGGGCCGACACCCCCCAGGCCCCGCAGGCCGAGAAGCUGCUGACUGAAGCCAUCACUGAGGUGGACAAGCUGAGUGAGUUGCUUCUGGGCUCGUCUCUUGAAGUACCCCUGUCCUGCAGUUCCAAUGGUGACCAGAACCACACAGUGGAGCCAGUGAGCAAUGGAGAUGAAAUAUCAGUCAAUGGAACUCAUGACCAGAACAGCCCAGUGUCUAAGGACAAAAAUGGGAACCAGUUGCAAGACAGGCCCCCAAAUGAGGAGGUGUGUCAAAGGCUGGUAAAUCUUAGUGCCCAUCUCCACGCACUACAGGCCACUGUCAUAAAGCAGGACUCCAUCGUGGAGCUGAGUCUUUGGGAGGGCCCGUGCUCCACGCCCACCACGCCCGUCCCGCUGUCCUCCGCCCCGGCCAAGCUGUGCCGCUCCAUGUCGCGCGACGCGGGGCUGGACGCCAGCGCGGGGGUGGCGCCGCUGGGGGAGCUGGCCCUGCUCCAGCGGCAGCACAGCCUCCUGCAGGAGGAGCUGGUCAGGCUGAGGGUGGUGGAGGGCAGGCUGAAGGACAGCGAGAAGGCCCGCGUGCAGCUGGAGAAGCAGGUGAAGGACUUGAAGGCCGCCCCGGUGGACGGUGCAGGUUUGGAGCAGGCUCAUCUCCAAAACAGCAGGGGCGAGGGCGAACCCAACCCCGUGGCCCCGUUGGCCAGCGAGGAGACCGUCGACCAGCUGGACGGCCUGCAGGAGAGCAGCGACGUGGACGAUAACUCCGACGACGACGACGACGACGACGUGAGAAUCUCACCGCGGUCCGACAGCCCCCGAGACCUGCAGGACAUUCCCGAGGAGAGCGAGUGUGGAGCAGACUUGCGGGAAACGGAAGCAGACUGUGAGACGCACAGCUAACGACAGCUUCACCCGGCCUAGAACCUACAACCUGGAACCGAGAACCUGGAACCUAGAACCGGGAACCUGGAACCAGGAACCAUGCUCUCAUCUCAGAGGGAAUUGCAAUCCUGAACUCACCUUUCAUUUUGUAUAUAGAAGUCCACCUAGAAAGCAAUUAUCAUAUUAUGUUAAGGUAUAAACCUGCAAUGGAGAUGUGCUACAGUUCAUAACACAUGGUAUACUAUCAUUUUAGUUUAAAUUAUGUCUCUAGAAUCCUCCUUUGAAUCUUGUUUCUUUUCAGUUGCUCCUCUUGCUCCUUCCUCCUUUCAUUCCAUCCCUUUUGUUAUCAAGAAGAUAGAUGCCAAAUGCCAAAAGGAGAUGAGAGGAAGGAGCAUAGCAUUAGCCACGCCAACGAUAGGAUUCUAAGGUAGAUUUGAGGAGCUGUUUGUGUACUAAAAUAUAGAGUAUGAUUAAUAAUAGGCUAACCUAUUUUAGCUGUCAUUUCAUCCAGUAUCCUUGCAUUUUCUGUGGUCUGGACAGCUCAUUGACUGAAGCUCAAUGUUCACACGAGGCAGAACUUGGGAGGAAGAUGCAGAGGGCUGGGGGAGGGAGGAGGGGGGCAUAGUGAUAUGUACUGUAUAUAAAUAUGUUAGAAUGCUGUGCGGGUAAAGAUCUGCUCUCACCCACCUCCCCUGUUUCAACACGUACACUUGAAUUCUCUUGUACUUUGGAAGGAAAAAAAAAACCAAAAUUUUUUUUACUUACAUUUUAUGAAGGGGGUGGGGGGAAUUAAGAAUGGAUUUUUACUGAGGCGGGGGGGAGGGGGGGUCUUGCAAUUAACUGUUCAGAAUUGCGUGGGACAUUCUUUAAAAAUGUAACCAAAGCCAAUUUAUAAUAAUUAUCAUUUCAAAAUGCAGGAGCUAAUUUUUUUAUCAGAAAGGAAUCAUACGAGCACUAACUAUCUAACUGGAUUUUUUCACUGGUGCAUACAUUAGAUUUGAAUAUUGAUAAAUAUUGGUAACUGAAUAAUCCAGCACACUAAACCACCAGAGGUUUGCCUUUAUCACCCAGAGUUUCCUGUCAUCUACCUCCCCAACUAGUUUUCAGUUUGGAAUUAAAAAGCGUUUUCAUUUUAUGAAUUCAUUCCAGGGAUUGGUUAAUUAACUGGAAGCUUCAAUUUCUAUGUAUUCACAAAGCAAUCAACUGGAACUCAAAGCCAGUGUGUUUUUUAAUGGCUUCCCUCAGUUCUGAACAGCUGUAGAGUAGACAGGGAAUGUAGUAGAUAAACUGGAUUUAUAGUGUUUCCUUGUUUGAAUUGCAAAAGAAAUUCAGUAGUGUUUUUUCUAUAUCAUAUUAUAUAUAUUAUAUAUAUAAAGUAUGUAUUUCUGUGUAUAGAUAUCCGAUCUGUGCUGAAAAAAAGAGUGUUGACUUUUUAAACUUAUGUUGUAAUUUUAUUUUAAUUUUAAGUUUUGUUUUUGUUUGACUAUGUAUUUGGUUGGUUUGUGUUAUAUUCAUAAAUCUGGCAGAAAUUAA